AUGACAGCUCCUGUUAGUGGUGGUUGUAGUGGUAGGAAAAAGUCUGUUGUUUGGGGUCACUUUGAAAAAGUAAAGAUAGGUGAGGGUGAUACUAGUAAAACUAAGGCUAUCUGUAAUUAUUGUCAAAAAUCUUAUAAUGCUGAUAGUAAGAGUUGUGUUACUAGUAAUUUGUUAGCUUAUGUGCCAAUAUGUUCCAAGAACCCUAAUAAAGAAGAUCUAGUUAAAGGGCAGAAAACAUUAGCUUUUGUACCCAAAAAGGAUGGAGAAGACGGAUUCCAUCUUGUGUCAACAUCCUUUUCUAUUGAGGCUUCUAGAAAGGUAUUGGCCGAAAUGGUUAUAAUUGAUGAGUUGCCUUUUAGGUAUGUUGGAGGGUAUGGGUUUAAGAAAUUUGUAAGUACCUUACAACCUAAGCUUAGAUUAAAGGAUAUCCCAUCUCGUCAAAUUGUGGCUAGGGAUGUGAUUGACAUUUAUAAUAGUGAGAGAGAGAAGCUAAGGAAAUCCUUGAAGGGUUGUAGGGUGUGUCUCACUACGGACACAUGGACUUCUAUUCAAAAUUUAAAUUAUAUGUGUCUGACAUGUCACUUUAUUGAUGAUGCUUGGAAAUUGCAUAAGAGAAUUUUAAAUUUUUGUCAAGUUGAAGACCACAAGGGGGAGACUAUAGGUAGAAAGAUUGAGAUGUCAUUGCGUGAGUGGGGUAUUGAUGGGAUAUUCACCUUGACAGUGGAUAAUGCUAGCUCAAAUUUAACAACAAUUAAAUUUUUGCAAAGGGUGACUAAAGAUUGGAAUAGGGCAGUUUUAGGAAAUGAGUACAUGUACAUGAGGUGUUGUGCUCAUAGCCUAAAUCUCAUUGUGGGGGAGGGUUUGAAAGAGAUAGAUGCAUCUGUUGCUAAGGUGCAUGAAGUUGUGAGGUAUGUGAAGUCCUCACCCAAUAGAAGUCAAACUUUUAGGAGUUUUAUGGAGAGGUUAGGUAUGGAGUCAAAGAGUCUUCUUAGUCUAGAUGUACCUACUAGGUGGAACUCGACCUAUAUCACGUUAGAAACUGCUGAAAAAUUUAAGAAAGUGUUCGUUCGAAUAGAUUUUGAAGAUGAUGGUUAUUCGCCGUACUUUAGGACCAAGGAAGAUAGUGGUGGUUUGGGGUCUCCGUGUAUGACUGAUUUCCAAAAUUGUAGGGCAUUUGUGACUUUCUUAAGGAGAGUAUUUCCAAUUUAG